GCGAAAAGAAGAGAAGAAGAACAAACAUUGUCUGUUUUCCACUCGAUAUAAAUUGCAAACGAAAUAUUUGCUCGCUUUGAAUAAUUUCACGCAAGCGGCAGCUCUCAACAAAGGCUGCUGAAUACAACGCAAUUGCAGAAACAUAUCCGAACAAUGAGGAUAUUUUCAACACGACAAAAACAAACGUGCAGUAGAUUGAAGUAUCGUCCGGAUACUAAUCAUCGUGCGCACGCUGUGAAUCGGUGCUCUUAUCACCGUUAAAAUAAAACAAGAAGCGAGCGUAAUCUGCGUUCAUUGCUUACUCUGUUCGCUACAUCCAUAUGUUGCACACAUGAAUACACCCGAAGUGUAUCCUCCGAGUGUAUCCUUUCAAGUCUCAUGAAGUGUGAAUGAAUUGAAAUUUUUGCACAAUGCGGAUAUUUGCAAGGACAGAGAGGAAGAGACGCCUAACUGUGUGAACAAUAUGUCAGAGUUUUGAUAAUUUUAUAGAGGAAGUAACGCGCGUGUCUCGUUUCUGUGUUUGUGUACGUGUAAGCAGCCCAUACAAAGAAAUUUGAUGAGCUGUCACUGCUAACUGUUAUUGUGUUUAUAAUGUCAUUUCUAGUGAGAGUAUGUGCGAGAAAGAUAAACAAACAGGUAUUAUCGCACAAAGCAUCAGUUAUCAAACAAAUGGUGCGUAAUUUGGAAGUGCACGAGCAUGUCGCAUAUACCUUAUUGAAGACAGCCGGAAUCCCUACUCCAUCUUUCGAAGUAGCCAAGACACCCGACGAAACCGCCGCUUUGGCCAAGGAUUUCAAGACCAAGGACAUCGUACUAAAGGCCCAGGUUCUCGCUGGAGGUAGAGGAAUGGGGAGAUUUCGAGGCACUGACAUCAGCGGUGUUAUGAUGUGCGAAACGCCUGAACAGGCGAAGAAGUUGGCAAAUAACAUGAUCGGCAAAGUUUUGGUGACGAAGCAGACGGGUGCAGCUGGAAAGAUAUGUAACUCUGUGAUGAUAACGACGCGCAUGUUUCCGCGUAAGGAAUAUUAUCUUGCGAUGAUGUUAGAACGUACCUUCGACGGACCCGUGUUGAUCGUUUCUAAGCAAGGCGGUGUGAACAUCGAGGAAAUCGCUGCUACGAAUCCUGAAGCUAUAUCGUAUAUACCAAUUGACAUGAGGAAAGGUUUAACAGCCGAGCAAGCGGAUAGCGUUGGCAAUAAGCUAGGAUUGACAGGACAGAGCAAGGAGAUCGCGUCGAUUAUCGCCUGUAAUCUUUAUGAAUUGUUCAUCGAGAAGGACGCAUUGCUUCUCGAGAUCAAUCCAUUCGUUGAAGAUAUUUGCGGCCAAUAUUACGCUCUGGAUUGUAAAUGCAACUUUGAUGACAGUGCCGAUUUCCGACAGAAGGAAUUAUUCGCAUUUAAGGACACGACCCAGAUGGAUCCGAAUGAAGUGGAGGCGGAGAAGCACAACUUGAAUUACAUUACUUUGGAUGGAAAUAUCGGCUGCUUGGUGAACGGAGCUGGUCUUGCUAUGGCCACAAUGGACAUUAUAAAAUUUUACGGCGGUAUGCCAGCUAAUUUUUUGGACGUUGGCGGCACCGCUACAAUCGAAACUGUAACGGAAGGUUUCAAGAUAUUGUCUGCGGGUGAAAAUGUGGAAGCUAUUCUAGUCAAUAUCUUUGGUGGCAUUAUGAGAUGCGAUAUAAUAGCUCAAGGAAUUAUCAAUGCUUUUAAACAGUUAGAUUUGAAGACACCUGUGGUCGUACGAUUACAGGGUACUAAUGUGAAGGAGGCUAAAGCAUUGAUAGCGGACGCUAAGCUGAAGGUUUUCUCCAUAGAUGAUUUUGCCGAAGCAGCUGAAACAUCCGUAAAGUUAGCAUUAAUGAUGAAUCUCGCGAAGUCUUUAAAUUUAGAUAUGAACAUCAUCACAAAAUCAUCGGGUAAGGAAUCAAGUACAGACAGCACCAGAGAAAAAAAGGCAAAGAUGGCCACCAUGUUGUCGCGGGCGAUCUUGUUCGCGGAGAACUUCGGCCGUUUCAACAGCUCCAAGAUAUUAGCAUGCAAGACCAACGUAGCAAAGCAGCAGGCCAGGAACUUGAAUGUACACGAACACAUCAGUUACAGUUUACUCAACGAAGCUGGCGUACCAACUCCGAAAUUCGGCGUUGCCAAAACUCCUGACGAGGCAGCCAAACUCGCUGCCGGCCUGCAGUCGAAGGACAUCGUCCUGAAAGCUCAGGUCCUCGCUGGCGGCAGAGGAAAAGGACAUUUCAAGGGGUCCAGCGUGAGCGGAGUAAAGAUGUGUGAGACCCCGGAAGAAGCUAAAGCUUUGGCGGGUCAGAUGCUGGGCAAGCUGUUGAUCACUAAGCAGACCGGCGAAGCUGGCCGGAUAUGCAACGCUGUGAUGGUGACGCAACGUAUGUUCCCCCGCAAGGAGUACUACCUUGCUGUCAUGAUGGAAAGAGCCUUUGGUGGUCCCGUCAUAAUAGCGUCCAGCCAAGGUGGGGUGAACAUCGAAGAGGUUGCCGCGACAAACCCUGGUGCCAUCAUGUAUGAACCUAUCGACAUUAAUAAAGGCAUUACAAAGGAGCAAGCAGAGCGUAUAACUAACAAGCUCGGCCUCGAGAAUGUGAAGGACUAUAUUUCUGAUAUAAUUAUGAAUCUCUACCAAAUGUUCCUCAAGAAAGACGCUCUUCUCUUAGAAGUAAAUCCUCUCGCCGAGGACAUUAACGGAAACUAUUUUGCUCUGGACUGCAAGUGUCGGUUCGAUGACAAUGCCGAGUUCAGGCAGAAGGAACUGUUCAGUUUGAGAGACUGGACUCAGGAGGACAAGAAAGAAGUCGACGCCGCCAAAUUCGACCUGAAUUACAUCGCGCUCGAUGGUAAUAUCGGCUGCAUGGUGAACGGAGCUGGCUUAGCCAUGGCCACCAUGGACAUCAUAAAACUGCAUGGCGGCGAACCGGCCAAUUUCCUCGACGUUGGCGGUGGUGCAUCAACCUCUGCGGUGAAAGAGGCAUUUAAGAUCAUCACUUCUGAUCCACGGGUUCACGCUCUUCUAGUUAAUAUUUUUGGAGGCAUCAUGAGAUGCGAUGUCAUAGCGGAGGGUAUUAUCGCAGCGACUAAGGAAUUAAGUUUAAAGAUCCCCGUGGUCGUUAGAUUACAGGGUACUAACGUUGACGAAGCCAAAGCUUUGAUUGCGAACGCAGGCUUAAAGAUAGUACCGAUCGACGAUCUUGACGAGGCUGCACGAGUUGCGGUGAAGCUAUCUACUAUCGUCAAGUUAGCGCAAUCCGAAAAUCUCAGUGUAAAUUUCGAGAUACCAGCAAUUUCAUAGGGAACUAGCAAACAAUUGUAAUUGAUAUGUUGUUAAGAAUAAUAUUUACGAAAGAAAAAGAAAAGAUUUACUUGAACGUUGAAAAAUCGAAGAACGUCUGAAAGUAUAUUUAACAUCUCACACAGAAAAAUUAACUUCAUAUAUAUAAUAACGCGCGCUCUUAAAGAGUGCCAAUGUCUCCAAUGAAUGAACUUGUCUUUUGAAUCUUUUGGUGUAAUUCAUAGAAAUGGAAAAGAGAAACAGAGAGAGAGAGAGAGAGAGAGAGAGAGAGAGAGAGAGAGAGAGAGAGAGAGAGAGAGAGAGAGAGAGAGAGAGAGAGAGAGGAAGAACACGUGCAGAGCCUGCAGGCGCUUUCCAGUUUGCGAAAGCAAUCGCGUCAGACAUUAAAUGUGUCAGACAUUAAAAUUUCAAAGACAGGCAAGCUAAUAUAUAUACUUUUUCUUUUAAUAUGUUAAAUGUACAAGAGACGAAUGUAAUACAAAAUUAUGCGAAGUUACUCACAGAAACGUAAUUUAUUGCUUGCCCUGUAACAGGGCUCUGUGAUCCAGUAUUAAGAGAUUAACUUAUGUAAUAUAAUACCUGUCCACAUACAGAAAGAGAAAGAGAGAGAAAAAAAGCGAGAGUCACUGAGGACAAGUACGUAUUUGUGACGUGUGCCAACAGAAAACACAUGAAUAAGAAAGUACAUGCCUGUUCUUUGUCGACGAAACCUUUCGCGUCAGCUGAAAGUUGUCAAACGUCGAAAGUAUGUAUGAAUCUGAAAAGGCCUGUUCAAUGUGUAACAUAUACUUGUAGCAAUGUGUAAACGUACAUAAAUUAUUUUACAUAAU